UGUGUUUCCAGCUCCUGCCUUUGCUCCUAACUUAGCUUCAACCAUGCAGGCACCUAGCAAGUGAACAAAUGAAUAGAAACCAACUCAUUCUCCUCCCCCAUCCCACUUUAUAUCUUUCCAAUAAAUAAAAUUUUCACUAGUAAAAAGAUUAUAUAGCAAGAUCACGUGGCAUUUAUUUUUAUAAUGCAAGGAUGGCUCACUAUGUGAAAAACCAUCAGUUUUAGAAUGAAGGGGAAAAGUCACAUGAUCACUUCAACUGGUAUAGAACAAACAUUUGGCAAAAUUCAGUACCCUUUUAUAAUAACACUCAGCAAACUAGAGACAGAAGGAAAGUGCCCCAACAUAAUAAACACCAUCUAGGAAAAGCCAUGGCUAAUAUCAUACUCAGUGGUAAAGGCAAAGGUUUUCUUGUAAGAUGAGGAACAAGAUGAGGGUGUUGGCUUUCAUUGUCUUUGUUCAACAUUGUGCCAGAAGCCCCCUAGCCAGAAUAAUGAAGUAAGAGAGAGAAGUAAAAGGAAUACAAAUUGAAAAGCAAGAUGUAGUUAUCUCUGUCAUGGAUGCCAUGAUCACAUUUAUUGGAAACCCUAAGAUUACACACGGAGAGACACACAAACCAACUUAAUAGAACUAGUAGUUGAACUUAGCAGAGUUGCAGGGUAUAAAAUCAACACACAAAAUCAGUUGCAUCUCUAUAUACAACCUGAAACAAAAAUCGAGAUAACAAUUCUGUUACAAUUUUAUCAAAAAGAAUAAAAUAUUUAAGGAUAAACUUAAUAAAGGAGGCUAACUACUUGAACACUGAGGCAGGCAUUUGGCGCAUUUAAAACGCUGUUUGGAUAACUGUAUCCAAUAUGAGAGUGCCUGGGUUUAAAUCCAAGCUCUACCUCAAAGUCCAGCCUUCUUGUUGGGCAUCCUGGGAAGCAGCAGGUGACGGGUCAAGUGAGUCCCUGAAGGGAUCGCUCCCUCCCACUCAAAGGGAAAACUUAGACUGAGUGCUGGUCUCCUUUUUUUGACCUGAUUUAGCUAUUGCUGUUGUGGAUGAACCAAUAGACGGAAGAUCUUGUCUCUCUGUGUCUUUCUGGUUUUUGAAUGAAUGAACGAUUUUUCUUGAGUUACUCAUCUUCUCCUAUUAGGAAAUUUGCACAUUAUGACUCAGGGUCUGAGGAGCACUGAGAAACCAGUGUCAGAUAUGUAUAGUGUUGUGUUUUAUUGGUUAGAGUGUUAUUCUAAUGUUUCAUACCCGUACAUAUUGUGAUAUAGGAUUAUUAUCCUAGAAGUAUACAGAGCAAUUUUGUUGAGGCCCCUAAAACACGGCAGGUGCUAGGACCUGGUGGAGUUCGGGCACCCUGAGCUGGAAGCAGAGCCUCACCUCUUGGGGCGUGGGGUGGUGUAAGCAGGUGCAGAAAAGCCAGUUCUUCCACAUGCAGCUGCUUGGACUGCGUUGGGCUCUCCUCACACACCAUUUCCAAGACCUCCGCAGCUUUUGCACUUGCCUGCUGGACUGAAAGCAUGUUUCUUGCAAAGGCCUUUCUGGAAGGGGCAGAUCGAGGUCUUGGAGAAGCCCUGGGAGGUCUUCUUGGUGGAGGUGGUCAGCGAGGUGGUGGGGACAGGGGUGGAGGCCGAGGCGGCGGUGGAGGUGGAGGCGGCGGUGGAGGUGGAGGUAAUAUUGGCCGGAUAGUUGGAGGGAUCGUGAAUUUUAUCAGUGAGGCUGCAGCAGCUCAGUAUACUCCAGAACCACCUCCCCCGCAGAAGCACUUCACCCACGUGGAGGCCCAUGAAAGCGAAGAAGUGAAGCGAUUUCGGCGACAGUUUGAGCAACUGGCCGGUCCAGACCUGGAGGUGGGUGCCACCGACCUGAUGAAUAUUCUCAACAAAGUCAUCUCUAAACACAAGGAGAGCCUGAAGACAGACGGCUUCAGCCUUGACACGUGCCGGAGCAUUGUGUCUGUCAUGGACAAUGACACGAACGGGAAGCUGGGCUUUGAAGAAUUCAAGUACCUGUGGAACAACAUUAAGAAGUGGCAGUGCGUGUAUAAGCAGUACAAGGAUCACUCUGGGUCUCUGCGUGGGUCCCAGCUGCGGCAGGCUGUGCAGGCGGCAGGCUUCCAGCUGAACGAGCAGCUCCACGAAAUGAUAGUGCGCCGCUACACUGAUGAGGACGGCAGUAUGGAUUUUAACAACUUCAUCAGCUGCCUCGUCCGCCUGGACGCCAUGUUUCGUGCCUUCAAGUCUCUGGAUAGAGAUGCCGAUGGUCUGAUCCAGGUGUCUAUGGAAGAGUGGCUGCAGCUGACCAUGUAUUCCUGAAGUGGCCACUGCAGAGUUGAGAACCUCGCAGAGGACAAGGAUGCUCCCUCCACACCGCAGCUGUCACUUCCUGGCGAGCUCUGUCACAUCCCUGCCUAUUUCAGAUUGUGGGCCACCUGCUACUGCUUUAAUUAAAACACUCCUUUUUUU